CGCAUACACAUACAUACACAUAGCUCCAAAGUGGCCGUCACCAUGGAGAGAGCUUGCUGUAGAAAAUUAUUUUUUAAUUCGAUAUUGUUGCAUUAGUUCAGUGAAUAUUGGGUUUUAAAUACGUUCAUCAAAAAACGCAAGAUUGGUUUUCAAUAAGGCUAAGAUGCGAGUACGUCGCAUUGUCCGCUUUGGACAAAAAACGAGAAAUAAUAUAUUUUUCUAACUUAUUGUUUUUUCAACAUUUCAGGAUGAAUGGAGGAAUGGAGCAUAAAACUCCAGGGCACAAUGCUGUGCUCCAUAAAGCACCUAAAAAUUAUAAGUUGCUCAUGGACCCAUUCCUUAUGAAAGGAGCAACAAAAUUGUACAGAUAUGAUGGAACUGUGCCCGGGGACACCACAUAUCCGCCCGUGCAGUGUCGAGAUCCUCGCUCCCAACUUUCAAGGAUAUGGAACAGAUUAGAACCAGCUGAUUUACCAGUCCCUAGGUUUAAGAUAGACAAAAAUUAUGUUGGAACCCCUCCCCAACUUGAAGUUACUCUAGCCAAUUUAAAUGACAAUAUUGACAAAGUGUUUCUCUCAGACAUGAUGAAUAAAGUUGGGCCUUAUGAGGAAUUAACUAUAUUUUACCACCCUGUCACGAACAGGCAUCUAGGGUUCGCUAGAAUUGUCUUCCAAGAUGUUAAAUAUUCUAAGAUAUGCAUUGAGAAGUAUAAUGGAAAAUCUGUUAUGGGUCAGGUAUUGGAUGUAUUCCACGAUCCGUUUGGAAAGCGAUGUCAGGAGAUGUUUGAUGAGAAGACGAUGGAGAAGAAGCCUCAGCCAGUAGUGCCAGUGCAGCCUCCGCUCGAGGAUGCGAGGAUAGCAAAGGUCGAUCCGGCUCUAAGUAAGCGGUUAGAAGACACCAAGCUUACUGACAAGGUUGACCACAUGAAAGACCCAUUUCCACGAAAAGAGACGGAGCAUAGCGACAGCAACCAGCGGUGGUCUGACGAUGAGAGGCACGAGCAUCGGCACCGACACCGCAGCAGGGGCGAGCGGGACAGGGAUAGAGAUCGCGAUCGGGACCGAGACAGAGAUAGAGACAGCCGACGUUGCAGGAGGAAAUGUAGAAGAAGACACCGGGACCGCUACUCUCGCAGCACUAGCGAGGCCACGGACAGUCCGUAUGCGGCCUCGAGUCAUGCCGCUACUGAUGUCAGCUUCACGCCCGCGCCGCAGCCGUACGACCCCUACUACCAGCAGAGCUACGGGUACGGGUACGGCGCGGGCGCCACGCCCGGCGGCUCCGGCAUGUGGUGGGGCGACUGGCGCCACCCGCACGCACACCCGCACACACACGAGGCGGAGGCGCCGGCGCCGGAGCCGCGGCCGCCGGCAGAGGAGGGCGCGGAGCCCGAGAAACCGCCGCCGCCGGCCGACGAGCCCAAGAAUGUUGAUCUCGACACUAGAAUAGCAUUGCUGCUGAAGGGCGGCGGCGGCGGCGGGCUGGCUCCGCCGUUCCUAUCCCUCGGCAUAUCCUCGGAAGAAGAAGACGACCAUCUGCCGCCCGUGCCUGACCUUGACGCGCCGCAGCCGCCAUCUGACGACGACGGUUCCGGCAGUGAAGACCGAGGGAGCAUAGUUUCAUUCAACCAGAACAAGGAGCCCGAGCCGGAGCCGCUCUCCACCACGCCCUCCCCUUUCCUGCAGAGGGACUUCUACCUCGAAUGUCUCAAGUCUACCAUCGAAAAGAGAGCAAGAGAAGCGGAGCGAAGAAAGUUUCCAGCGAUAGAUAAAAUCGGGUCGGACAUCUCAUCGUCAGAAGACGAGUUGUUAACUGGCGAGGAGCCUCGGCGUUCCCCCGCCGCGCCUCCGAAUCAGGACAAUCUAGACGACGACCAGAUGUCCCUGUCAUCGCUAUCGUCGACAGAGGCGAAGAUCGAGGAGCAGGUGCCGGCGGAGGCGUACUUCUACCCCGCGGCCCCCGCGCAGCCGCACUACUACCAGCCCCCCAUGUGGCCGCCCACUGCAUACCCUCCGCCGGGCUACGCGGGCGAGCUGCCGCUGCCGUACGGCGCGCCGUUCGCGGGCCCCCCGCUGCUGGCGCAGCCCUACCAGCCCUUCGUAGAACAACCGCCCGCACAGCAAGAGUUAGACAACCCGUACUUCCCCACAAUAAACUCCGUCAUCGAGCGAGUCACCACGGAGCUGAAGGCGAUUCUGAAGAAGGACUUCAACAAGAAGAUGAUCGAGAGCACCGCCUUCAAGAGCUUCGAGCAGUGGUGGGACGAGCAGAGCAGGAAGACCCGCCAGGCGCCCAAGAAGGAGGAUGCCGCGCAACCGUUACAAGACAUCUCAAACAAGAAGGAAGACACGCUGGACUCGAUAAAGUCUCUGAUGGAGUCGCGCGACAUCGCGCUGGAGCUGGGCGGGUACACGGCGGGCAUCGGGCUCGGGCUGCGCGCCGCCAUCCCCAAGAUGCCGAGCUUCCGCCGCAAGCGCAAGAUCCCCUCGCCCGUCCUCAUGGACGAGGACUCCUCCAAGAGGUUGAGCGACCAGGAGGAGAUGGUACAGAACUCAGACGAGGAGAAGGAGCUCCCUGCAAGCCCAAGAACCCGCACGCAGGGCUCCUACCUGUCGCGCCAUCGGCGGCAAUCAAGCAGCUCGUCGAGAUCGUCAUCGUCAUCUUCGUCGCGGUCGUCAACCUCAUCGGCGUCGGAGGCGGAGCCGGAGAGCAAGGGGCCCGCGCCGCGCCUCUACUCCGACAGCGACGACGACUCGGAGCUCGACGAGGCGGCGGUUAACUUCAAGGUUGUGUCGAACAAGGAGCGGCUGCGGAGGGUCUACUCUUCGUCGUCGGACAGCGAGGAGGAGAAGCAGAGGAGGCGAGAAAAAACACCCAUACCCGACGUGCAGGCGGACGACGAGCGGCUCGGGUCGCCCAUCCUGUCGCCGGAAGAAGAACCACGAGACACGCUGCUCGACCGCGUCUACUCCGACUCCGAGGAGGAGCGCGAGUACCAGGAGAAGCGACGGCGGAACACGGAGUACAUGGAAGAGAUCGAGCGCGAGUUCCUCGAAGAACAGCGCAAGAAGAUGGAGACAGAGCAACGGCCGCCGGACAAGCCGCCCGACACCAGCAAAUCCGAAAACAAAUCCGAAGAGCGCAGCAGUCCAAUCAAGAACCAUCGCAAAAGCCCAGAAAAGAAACCAGAGAUCGAAGACGGCGAGAUCACGUCCGAGGAAGAGAACCUGCAGGCGCGGCGCAAGCGGGAGCGCAAGGAGAGAAAGGGAAAGAAGAUGGAGAAAAGAGAGCGGGAGAGGGAGAAGGGGGACAGAGUCGAGAGGGUGGAGAGAGUGGACAGGGUGGAGAGGCUGUCCGUCAGCGAGAGCAACACGGAGUCGGCGGUCAGCGUCAACGGGGUUAAAGAGGCACUGUCGUCUCCAUCGUCGUCACCGGUGUCGCAGGCGUCGCAGGCGUCACAAGCGUCACAAGUGGCGCUCGACCACUCGUACUGCCGCCCGCCGCCCGACCUCGAGCACGCCAACCACCUGCAGCAUGACCACGGUUACACUUGGAUGGCGGAGCCGGAGGUGGCGUCGCCGCCGCUCGACGCGGGCAAGCCCAAGAAGGAGACCAAGAGGCCCUACAAGAGGAAACACGACACUAAGAAACUAGCCGAAAUACAAAACAAACUGGAUACUCGCGAUGACCUCUCGCACGCAGUGGUGUCGGACGUGACAUUCAAGCCGCGCGACAUCAUGGCGGAGAUGCAGGUCAUGUACGAGUUCCUCACGCGCGGCAUCGACCGCGAGGACGUGCAGUACCUCAAGCGGGCCUACGAGGCGCUGCUGGCCGAGGACGCGCAAGGCUACUGGCUGAACGACACGCACUGGGUGGAUCACCCGCCCACCGACGUGUGCUACAGCCCGCCCAAGAAGAAGUCCAAGCGGCACACCAACAUCUACGAGGACCUGCAGGGGCACUCGUCGGGGUCGGCGCGCACGGAGGGCUACUACAAGAUGGACGCGCGGCUGAAGGCCAAGUACAAGUACCACCACGGCCGCGCCGCGCCGCCGCCGCCCGACGACAAGAAGGCCAGCAAGAUGCAGACCCAGUCCCGCGAGGCGCGCUCCAACCAGCGCCGCCUGCUCACCGCCUUCGGUACGGAUACGGAUUCGGAUCUAUUGAAGUUCAAUCAGCUCAAAUUCAGAAAGAAGCAGCUCAAAUUCGCCAAGUCCGGUAUCCACGACUGGGGAUUAUUCGCACAGGAGCCGAUAGCGGCGGACGAGAUGGUGAUCGAGUACGUGGGGCAGAUGAUCCGGCCGAUCGUGGCGGACGUGCGCGAGGCGCACUACGAGGCCACCGGCAUCGGGUCUUCCUACCUGUUCCGCAUCGACCUCGACACCAUCAUCGACGCCACCAAGUGCGGCAACCUGGCGCGGUUCAUCAACCACAGCUGCAACCCGAAUUGCUACGCGAAGAUAAUCACGAUAGAGUCUCAAAAGAAGAUCGUAAUCUACUCAAAGCAGCCGAUCGGAGUAGACGAAGAAAUCACGUACGACUACAAGUUCCCUCUCGAAGACGAAAAGAUUCCUUGUCUGUGCGGUGCGCCGCAGUGUCGCGGCUUCCUCAACUAAGACACGUAGGGUAGUGACGAUCGCGAAAUUGGAACUAUAGUCAGUUUUUUUAGCAUUAGAAAAAAGGCAAACAAUUUUGGCGUGUCUUCUUUAUAGAAAAACACAUUUGAAAAAUAAGAAACGGCAAAUAUGUAACAAUUAUGAAUCAUAUACGAUUAUUUACAUUAUUUUGCUGUCAUAAGUAAUAGGAUUUGUAAAAAGCCUUUUUCAAUUAAACGUAUCUUUUAAUUCAAGAUUGCGUAGUCUUUUUCUAAUUCUAAAAAAACUAACUGUACAAUCAAACAUGAAACAAUGACUCCACAAUAAAUGGUCUCGCCGAUGGAAAAGCUCAACACAGGGAGAUCUGACUGCCCUGUCUCCGCGUACUUCGAUUUAGCUCUUUACCAGGCUGUCAUUUCAAAAAUGAUAAUCGAAUGUCAGUCUUACUGAUCGAAAAUAGAACACAUGUUUGAAGUACCGGUAUCGUCUUGGGUCGUCCCAUUCGUUUUUCGUCAACCUCUUAAAUUAGUCAUAUCUGCUUUCGUCACUCCUUCUACAUUGAAAGCCACCGACGAUUGUGACGAAAGCAGAAUAGGACUAAUUUAAGAGCUUGACGAAAAACGAAUGGGACGAUCCAAGACGAUACCGAAGUACCGUAUGUGGAAACUAUAUGUCCCUUAGCCUUAAAGGGUUAAAUUAAAUGUAAUUGCCAAGAUUCUGAUUUUGUUUACCUCGUUAUCGUGAAUAUUCAUGAGAAAAUCAUGGACUGAAUAACGCAAAACGCAGUCUUUGCGUAAAAGGAUGAAGGAUUUGUUGUCGAUUUAUUGAAAAAUCUAAUGAUAGGGUUAUUUAUUAUGAUGUCAACGCGACGAAAAAAAGAAAUUGAACAUUACACUUGGGCAUUGACUUAAUGGUAUGUCAGCUAGUUUAAAUUAAUCGAUGUUCAAGUGAAAUCUAUGGCAAUAACAUCUUCCAUCAAAGGCUGGAGAUUCUCAGCGGUUUUUGAAACUGCCUCAAAUAAAUAUGAUUUUUAUAGUCUUUUUGUAUAAAGUAAUAUAACUGUGUGGUCGUAAAGUAUGAAUCAGAAUUUGUUUUUUUCUUAUUUAAUGCGAUAAGUCCAGUGCAACUCAAUGUAUGUAAUUAAUAAUCUGAACCAUUGUAUAAUAAGAUGCUGUUUGACUGAACCUCAAUUAUAAUUCUCUAGAAUUAAAAUGUGUGCUGCAAUAUGCUAGGUGUGUACAUUAAUUGUGAAUAAUCUGCCGUUGACAGAUAUGUAGUACACUUUACAAGUACAUGGAAUAAAUCUUAAUGAAGUCCUAUAACGCUUGGGAACGUAAUGAGUGUUGUGUUACUGUCUAUUCAUCUGUGAAAUCAAUAAGACUUCAGCAUGGACUACUCUGUAAUAUGCGUCUGAUAAUAUUGUGUAUAAUUGGACAGUGAACUUGCAGGUUUCUAGUUGCACUUAUGUAAUGUAUGUAAAUGUUUAAGAUUGUAAAUAAAGAUUUCAACAAUUUUA